AUGGAGACGUCCGAUAUUGCUUCAAAGCGCACUCACGUAUCGGAAUCACAGACGCCAGACUUGGAAGCUGAAGUCCGUGACCAUGAUCCAAAAACCUGGUCGAAUCAAACGGAACGGACAGAGCUCACUCCUGUCGAAGCAUUCAAGUGGAAUGUCGAUGGCGACCAGUCUCCCUUCCCCGAGGUUGCAGCUUGUGUAUCUAACAAGGACGAUCCCACCAUAGCUUGUAAUACCGUUCGAGCAUGGAUCCUAAUGACGGUCUUUGUCAUACUAUUCUCCGGGGUCAACCAAUUUUUUGGCCUUCGAUAUCCAUCCCUCACCAUCUCUUAUGUCGUGGCACAGAUUCUUGUGUUUCCUAUCGGUCGAGCAUGGGAGAAACUUCCUAGGUGGAGGGUCCCUUUAGGAAAGCUUUCCUUUGACCUCAACCCAGGAAAGUUCACAAUCAAAGAGCAUGCAUUCAUUGUCAUUUGUGUCAAUAUCAGUGCAUCCACCGCCUACGCCCAAGGCGCCUUGGUUGCCAUUGUGAGUCCGGUAUACUGGAAUCGCGAGAUGGGGGCCGGCUUUUCCUUUUUGUAUCUUUUAACAACCCAAAUGAUAGGGUUUGGCCUCGCGGGUCUUUCUCGUCGGUGGAUCGUUUACCCAGCUGCUUUGACUUGGCCGACUUCCCUGUCCUCGACAGUUCUCUUUCGAGCACUGCACGAGCCGGAGAGCAAGACUCUGGCUAACGGUUGGUCGAUAACCCGGUACCGCUUUUUUGCCUACGUGACAGUCCUCGCAUUCGUUGCAUUCUGGUUCCCAGACUAUAUCUGGACAAGUCUCAGCACAUUUGCUUUCAUCACAUGGCUUGCCCCAAAUAACCAGAAGGUCAACACUCUGUUCGGGAUGAACUCCGGCUUGGGUCUUCUGCCCAUCAGCCUCGACUGGACUCAGAUAAACUACGCCGGUUAUCCACUCACAACCCCAUUCUAUAUUACAUGCAAUGCCUUUGCGGUUGUGGUGCUCUUCUACUUCUUCCUAUCACCGAUCCUAUACUAUACCAAUGUCUGGUAUAGCGCCUAUCUCCCGCUUCUUUCCUCGAGCACAUUCGACAACACGGGCAAAUCAUAUAAUAUCUCACGGGUGGUGGACCAGAAUUUGAACUUUGUCGAAAGCAAGUACAAGGAGUACUCUCCGAUGUACAUCUCCAUGUCUUAUUCCCUCACUUACGGAUUGUCUUUCGCUGCUGUGACGGCAGUCGUGGUCCAUACAUACCUCUACAAUGGCUCCGAAAUCUGGGCCAGACUGAAAAAUGCGCAACACGGAGGCGAGGAUGUCCAUCGACGACUCAUGCGUGCAUAUAAAGAAGUUCCAGAAUGGUGGUAUGGUGUUCUCACAGUGGUCGUGCUGGGACUUGGAAUCUUGACGACCAGAUAUUGGGAUACCGAACUCCCUGUUUGGGGCUUCAUCGUGGUCUGCUUCGGACUAGCCGUGCUCUUGAUUGUACCUGAAGGUAUUCUUCAAGGAACAACAAAUCAGCGCGUGUUUCUUAACAUUAUCACGGAGAUGAUCGCCGGAUAUGCCUGGCCUGGAAAACCUAUUGCCAACUUGAUGGUGAAAUGCUACGGCUACAAUGCGGUCAAACAUGGCAUGGACUUUGCACAGGACCUGAAGCUCGGACAAUACAUGAAAAUUCCUCCGCGUGUUCUAUUCUUCGGUCAGAUCUAUGCUAGCGUUUUAGCAACAGCCACUCAAACCGGAGUGCUGCAAUGGAUGAUGGGUAACAUCACCGACCUCUGCAAGUCAACAAACAAGCAACGAUUUACUUGCAAUGGUGCCAAGGUCAUGUACAACGCGUCCAUCAUCUGGGGCACCAUUGGUCCACAGCGAAUGUUCCAGUCCGGGCAAACAUACAACGGGCUUGUGUACUUCUUCUUGAUCGGACCUGUUGUCACGGUACUCGUGUAUCUUCUCUAUCGCCGCUACCCCAAUAGCUGGAUUCGCUAUAUCAAUGUCCCGAUCUUCUUCAACGCUGCUGGUAACAUUCCGCCUGCGAACACUACCCAAUAUUCUCUAUGGUUCAUCAUUGGCUUUGUGUUCAACUACCUGAUCCGCAAGCGGGCAUUUGACUGGUGGAAACGCUAUAACUACUUGUUGCAAGCCGCGAUGGAUACUGGCACGGCUAUCGCUACGAUCAUCAUCUUUUUUGCCCUGGGAUAUCAUUCUAUCUCAUUCAACUGGUGGGGAAACACGGUCGGAUCGAAUACCGCCGAUGCGAAAUCCGUCCCUUGGUUGACUAUUCCCAAAGGUGGCCAUUUUGGGAGAGGACCCGGGGAGUUCUAA